CCUGCCCCCCCCCCCUCCUCGUCCAUCGCUGGGGCAGCGCGGGGACGAUUCUGACACCUGGCCACGAAAUCAACAACAUCAACAACAACAGACGAAUUAACUCAUCGCAAGCGACAACUACAUCGAGCAGACGGCGGAAGGCGACCGUGGGACAGGGAAGUGUUUAUGAAUAAUUCAAAGCAGCCGAAGCCGACGCUAACGGGGCAGCGAUUCAAGACCCGCAAGCGGGAUGAGAAGGAGAAGUUCGAGCCGUCUCUCUUCCGAGAUGCUGUAGUGCAGGGCCUGGAUGAGACGGCCGGGGACCUGGAGGCCGUGUCCCGCUUCCUCGAUGUCACCGGCUCCAAACUCGACUACCGCCGUUACGCAGACACGCUCUUCGACGUGCUGGUGGCAGGCGGCAUGCUGGCGCCGGGUGGCACGCUCGUGGACGAUGGAGACAAGUCGAAGGUGACACGCACAGGCGUGUGCGUGUUCACGGCUGACGAGGACAUUGAAAAGAUGCGGGCCUUUGCUCAGGUCUUUUCGAAGCUCCUUCGACGAUACAAAUACCUGGAGAAAUACCUGGAGGAGGAGUUCAAAAAGCUGCUCAUGUUCCUGAAGGGCUUCUCCGAGUCGGAGCAGAACAAGCUGGCCAUGUUCACCGGCAUCCUGCUGGCGGGCGGCGCCCUACCCGCCACCGUGCUCUCCAGCCUCUUCACGGACGCCAUCGUCAAAGAGGGAAUCUCGGCAACGUUUGCCGUGAAGCUGUUCAAGACCUGGAUAGCAGAGAAGGACAUGAACUCCGUAACGUUUGCUCUGAAAAAGGCCAACAUGGACAAGAGGCUUCUGGAGCUGUUUCCUCCAAACAAGCAAAGUGUGGAACACUUCUCCGCGUACUUCACAGCCAACGGACUCACGGAGCUCGCCACCUUCCUGCGCGCUCAGCAGACGCUCGGCACGCGCAAAGAACUGCAGAAGGAGUUGACUGAGAAACUGGAGUUGGGGGAGCCGGUGAAGGAGAUCGCCGUGUACGUGAAGGAGGAGAUGAGGAAGAACGACAUCUCCGAGCAGGCGGUGGUGAGCCUCAUGUGGACGUGCGUCAUGAACAAGGUGGAGUGGAACAAGAAGGAGGAGUUGGUCACGGAGCAAGCGGUCAAGCACCUUAAGCAAUACACGCCGUUGUUGGCAUCCUUCACCAGCCAGGGCCAGUCAGAGCUCACGCUCCUACUCAAAGUGCAGGAGUACUGCUACGACAACAUACACUUCAUGAAGACCUUCCAGAAGAUAGUGGUGCUCUUCUACAAAGCGGACGUGUUGAGUGAGGAUGCCAUCCUGAAGUGGUACCGUGAGGCUCACCUGGCCAAGGGCAAGAGCAUCUUCCUGGAGCAGAUGAAGAAGUUUGUGGAGUGGUUGCAGCAUGCAGAGGAAGAGUCGGACUCUGGGGAGGAGGAGGAUUAACGCGACCGUGCACUGAUAUGCACUCGUCACCCCCUCGCUGAGGCCGGGGGGUGGGGGGGGGGACACACCAGAUUUCGCUCGUGCCCAAGCGUUCAGCCGCAGGAAGGGGGGGACCCUGUUGACAGACGACGACCCUCUUGCUUUUGGGAGCGCCAAAACCAAACGCUGCACCUGCACGCGGCAGCGUUGUGUGUUCAAGCCAGGGGUGCUCCACGGAGAUGGAGCGAUUUAUUCCAAAAGGAUGUGUAUCAUCUCUCGACACUGAGACUCGCCACGCGCACACUCGGCUACGUAUGUGCACACAUCGGUGAAUGACAACGACCCCCUUGUAUUCCAACUUGCGCAUUGAGAUUUUUUUCCCUUUUAAGAUGUAAACAUUGUGCUUGGUUUUGGCUGUGGAGUGGUAAUCGAUAGGUUCGUGGCUGCACCCUCCCCUGCCCGAGUGUGCUCGCUGGACAGUUUUGCCCGCACAGUCGCUAUAUAGUCGUGUGUGGCAUUUUGCUUGGUUUCUGUGCGACCUUGAAGGCACGCUCGCCAGGCUUCUGAGCGAGUGCUGCUUACCGACAUGGCAAAAGAACGCUGGGUAUUUUUAAAACUUUACAAUUAAAACCUGGUAAAUCAACGCAACCAACACGCGUGUGCCUGAUCUACAUUGUGACGUGUUGCUGACUUUUGCUAUUUUUGUUAGCUGACAAUUUAUAUCCAUAGCAUUUAGAGGCAUUGGUAAUCUGAUGCCUCUAAAUGCUAUGAAUAUUCGCAUUGGUGAUGCGUGGGUCUUCACCAGUCUCUCCCUCUUGACGGGUGUCCACGUAUUUACAAUAAGCCAUGGUUUAUUGGAACACUUCAUUAUCUCCAUAUAUAUAAAGCAAAGUUGUGAGUAUGUGUGUCUGUUCAAAAUGUUUAGCGUACUUCCUGACAUGCAACAAACUUGAAAUUUGCCAUGUGGGUACUUUCCAGACUGUACACCAUGCAAAAAUUAUAAAAAUAAAUGUUUUUGGGGGAGGGGA